CAGCGCUUCUUGCGCAUGUGCAGUGGGCACUCGGCUGUCCACAGUCUCUGGUCAUCCCCUGCACUGUGUCCGCAGUCUCUGGGCAUCCCCUGCACUGUGUCCGCAGUCUCUGGGCAUCCCCUGCACUGUGUCCGCAGUCUCUGGGCAUCCCCUGCACUGUGUCCGCAGUCUCUGGGCAUCCCCUGCACUGUGUCCGCAGUCUCUGGGCAUCCCCUGCAGUGUCGCAGUCUCUGGGCAUCUCCUGCACUGUGUCCGCAGUCUCUGGUCAUCUCCUGUACUGUGUCCGCAGUCUCUGGUCAUCUCUGGUAGGAGGUCCACAGUCUCUGGUUAUCUCCUGUACUGUGUCUGCAGUCCAUUGGUUUAGGAUAAUUUUUUCACCUCUAAAACCUAGGUGCAUCUUAUGGUCAGGUGCAUCUUAUGGAGCGAAAAAUAUGGUACCUGCUCUGUACAAUGGUUGUGCACAGAACAUCCCUGAUCCUUCUCUUCUUG